AUGCAAACUAGAAAGACUUUUUCUUGGAUAAAGGAACAAAUAAAUCGAUCCAUUUCCGUAUCGCUCAUGAUAUAUAUCAUAACUCGGCCAUCUAUUUCAAUUGCAUAUCCCAUUUUUGCACAACAAGGUUAUGAAAAUCCACGAGAAGCGACUGGUCGUAUUGUAUGUGCCAAUUGCCAUUUAGCUAAUAAGCCCGUGGAUAUUGAAGUUCCACAAACGGUACUUCCAGAUACUGUAUUUGAAGCAGUUGUUCGAAUACCUUAUGAUAUGCAACUAAAACAAGUUCUUGCUAAUGGUAAAAGGGGUACUUUGAAUGUAGGGGCUGUUCUUAUUUUACCAGAGGGUUUUGAAUUAGCUCCUGCCGAUCGGAUUUCCCCCGAGAUGAAAGAAAAGAUAGGCAAUCUUUCUUUUCAGAGCUAUCGCCCCAAUAAAAAAAAUAUUCUUGUGAUAGGCCCCGUUCCUGGUCAGAAAUAUAGUGAAAUAACCUUUCCUAUCCUUUCCCCGGACCCCGCUACUACGAAAGAGGUUCACUUCUUAAAAUAUCCUAUAUACGUAGGCGGAAACAGGGGAAGGGGUCAGAUUUAUCCCGACGGGAGCAAAAGUAACAAUACAGUUUAUAAUGCUACCUCAGCAGGUAUAGUAGGUAAAAUAAUACGAAAAGAAAAAGGGGGUUACGAAAUAACCAUAGCGGAUGCAUCGGAUGGACGUCAAGUGGUUGAUAUUAUCCCUCCAGGGCCAGAACUUCUUGUUUCAGAAGGCGAAUCUAUCAAAUUGGAUCAACCGUUGACGAGUAAUCCUAAUGUGGGCGGAUUUGGCCAGGGAGAUGCAGAAAUAGUACUUCAAGACCCCUUACGUGUCCAAGGCCUUUUGUUCUUCUUGGCAUCUGUUAUUUUGGCACAAAUCUUUUUGGUUCUUAAAAAGAAACAGUUCGAGAAGGUUCAAUUGUCAGAAAUGAAUUUCUAGACUCGUGGAUUUAUCGACAUUGAGCUCAUAAUGUAAAAAGAACAAAAAUUUUUGACGACUUUUUAUGAUAAAAAAUAUGAAAAGACUUUUUCUUUUUUAUACUUGUUUGUCUACGGGAUGUCGGGAAUUCCUUGUACCGCAUUCCUAGUCAUAGUAUGUAGAUUGUGAAGAAGACUUUUUACUUUUUUUGAAUAAAAAUUGGGGUGGUAUUAUUAUGUAAUAAAAUUCAUUAAUAGUAUUUUCGAUUCUAAUUGAAUGAAAUUAAACUAGAUACUAGACAUAAGUAAGCGGGGAAUAGAACGGAUAAAUGCGUGGAACACAAAAUUAUAGGGACGAUUAUUCAUCUUCCUAGUAUUCGACACAAGAAAAGGAAUUUUCCACAUCUCUUUCUUGUGUCGAAAGAAAAAAAGAUUAUUUAUCCUAUUCGUAAAAGAUUACUAGUCUAAGUUUUUAAUUUUUCAAGAUAAUAUCAGAACUUUUUUAUAUAUUACAAUUACAAUAUAUAUUACAAUAUAGAUAUAAUUUUUUAUUAUUAUUAUAAAUUCUAAAAUAGAAUAGUGGGCAAACAAAAGAGAGGGAGGUUUAUUGAGUAAAUAGAACUUCUUCAAUAAACUUCAAAAAUUGAUAUUUUGAUGAGAUACAAAAAAAAUACUAAGGUUUUAUUCUUAUUUGAGGAUAGUAUGUCAUCUAGGAAAUCGAGUAAUUUAUUCUUUCUUCUAACUUUGAAAGUAUCGAUAGAAACUAUCGAGCAACGGGCGCAUGGAUCAAUGAACUUCAUUUUUCAAAAACAAAAACAUCAUCAGAAAAAUAGAAUGGAGUCUUGCCAUUUAUACGAAAAAAUAUUCUAAUUCUUAAGAACUCAACGGGGUUCCCUUCUUUGUAUGAUUUGAGGGGGGAGGUCCCGUUGAGUUCUUACGCUUUCAUGGCUACAAGUUACAACUCAAUUAAUCUGAUUACUACAGAGAUGAACCCAAUCCAGAAUAUGAACCAUAAAAGAAAAUACCUAUUAAACCGAUCACAAGAAUACCAGCUACAGUACCGAUUAUCCAAAGAGGAAUCCUUCCAGUAGUAUCAGCCAUUUACCCCACUUCCCUCCACAUUUCGUCAAGUGGUCAUGCUAGAGACAUAAACAGUCAUGGAUAAUUAUGAGAUGAGAGCCUUCCGAAUGGGCUAAGAGAGAAUGCCUAUAAUUAUUAUUCUCCUUUGUUUUCUUAAUUGAAGAAAUAAUUGGAAAAUAAAACAGCAAGUACAAAAAUGAGUAAUAAUCCCCAGUAGAGGCUGGUACGAUUCAAUUCAACAUCUUGUUCGUUCGGGUUUGAUUGUGUCAUAGCUCUAUAAUUCGGAUUAGGUUUAUCGUUGGAUGAACUGCAUUGCUGAUAUUGACCCCAAAAAAGAAACGGUAGGUACAGCUAGGCCGUGAACAGCCAACCAUCGCACUGUAAAAAUUGGAUAGGUUCGAUCUAUGGUCAUUGGGGCCUCCUUAAAAAGAUCUACUAAAUUCAUCGAGUUGUUCCAAAGGAUCAAAACGGCCAGUUAUUAAUGGAAUUCCUUGUCGGUUCUCUGUGAAAUACUCGUUUGGCCGAGGGCUUCCAAAUACAUCGUACGCUAAACCGGUACUGACGAAUAACCAACCCGCAAUGAAUAGGGAAGGUAUAGUAAUGCUAUGAAUGACCCAGUAGCGAAUACUGGUAAUAAUAUCAGCAAAAGAACGUUCUCCUGUGCUUCCAGACAUGCUGAGCUCCACAUAUUCUUGUACAGUCAAAGGGGGAUCGAUUCCGUAAAAGAUUAGAUAAGUCAAUUUCAAUUUACUAAAACUAAAUCUUUGUGAGAUCGUCAAUAUUGUACCGAGGGCGUCUUUAGAGUAUACCGAAUAAGUAUAGCUAUCCUUCUUCUGACACAGCAACGCACUUUCAAUCAUUAUCGAAAGGAAGUACUCAAAAUUUGCUUUCUUACUUUAUUUGUUGCUUGUCAGUGUACAAGGCUUCCCCAUUCAAUAUCAAAUUAUGCAACAAAGUUUAUUUCUCUCCAUUAUGAGUUUGUAUUAGUUUUUGGGUAGAACCUGUUCGUAGUUGUAGAAGCGGUUUUUGUUGGAAUCCUUUUUUCAUCAUUUUAAGGAAUUGGCUAGUCGUCCAGUAACAAGUAAGAUAAGAAAUAGUAGUAAAUCCUAUUCGAUGAAAGAAAAGAAUAAAAAAAUUGUAAUCAACCCUUUUGAUGCAUACAUUGUUGUAUUAGAUCAAGAUUAAAAGAUUCUUUCUUGACCUAACUACAAGAACGAGUUUUUAUAAUAUAAUUAUAAUACGGAAAGAAAAAAUGUAGAACGUAAAAAAGAAAAGAUAAUAGAAAUUACUAACCUAGUUGGACCAAAAUAAAUAUUUUUUUGAGUGAUUGCGGGAUAACUUUUUUCUUCUCAUUCGUUCAAGAUAUUAAGUGAAUGAACCUAUUCCGGAAUCUACUGAAAGUAAUCCUUUUUUUUAGGUUUACGUUGUCUCUAAAAUAGAAAUAGGAUCCGAGACAAUAAAAAAGUUUUCUUAUAUUCUUCCAUAAUGUAAUCAUUUUAAAAAGGUUUAAUUUUUGAGUGAAGUUACACGGGGCAGUUCUUUUUAUUAGUUUAUAGAAGCCCCCAAGAGUUGCUCAAUGAAUCGGUUGAUUGGAAUCGCGAGAUGGGUAGAUGUGGUAGAUGAUGAAUCAAUUUAUUUUUAUACGCCAAUUUGGAAUAUCUCUUUUUUUUUUAAGGAAACUUAGGUAAGUGCUUUUUUAGAAACAUAUAUGUACAAAAAGAACAUAUUUCAUUUAGCUCCUUCAUGCCUACUAUAACUAGUUAUUUUGGUUUUCUACUAGCGGCUUUAACGGUAACCUCAGCUCUAUUUAUUGGUCUGAGUAAGAUACGACUUAUCUGAAAUUAGUAUUUGAAAUGCACAAUUCAUAAAAAGAAAUCUUUCGAUAGGAUUCCGUAUAAAUUGCCAAUUCUUGGUCAUUGAGAUUCAUGGUAAUUCAGAUUAAUAUUUAGGUAUAGAUAUUACCUCCUUUUUCUCCUUUGAAAUAAAUUGCAAUGAUUGAAGUUUUUCUAUUUGGAAUCGUGUUAGGUCUAAUUCCUGUUACUUUGGCUGGAUUAUUCGUAACUGCAUAUUUACAAUAUAGGCGUGGUGAUCAAUCGGACCUUUGAUUAAUUACUAUCGCUUUUUUUGAUUGACCUCCUACUUUCUUUAAUACAAAGGAGGUCGAAUUUAGAUUUCGGUUCAAGUUAGUGAAGCUCUUUCAGUCUAAUUUGAUCUAAGAAAAAUAAGGAGGAAAUCACGCUCUGUAGGAUUUGAACCUACGACAUCGGGUUUUGGAGACCCGCGUUCUACCGAACUGAACUAAGAGCGCUUUCUUAUCAUAAAAGACAAGAACGUAAAGACACUUUUUUUAACCCCAAUUUAAUGAACGAUUAUAUAUUAAUAUAAUUGGAAUCGAUCUUAAUUAAUCCCUCGUUACUGCUCAACGAAGAAGUAAUAGGUAGGGAUGACAGGAUUUGAACCUGUGACAUUUUGUACCCAAAACAAACGCGCUACCAAGCUGCGCUACAUCCCUACAAUUGGUCUACAGUAUCAUUGUAUAGAAUUCCUGUCUUGUUUUCCACAUCGUUAUUUCGUCCAUUGAUCUAUACAAUUUAUAUGGGCAUUUCGUCUUUUUGGUCCCAUUUAACAUAUAAUAAUAGUAAAAGAAAAGUCUUAUAUAGGUAUGAGAUACGGAACGGAACCUGUCGUAAAAAUAAAUGAGUAGUUUUCGGGAAUGCUCGGGACGAAAGGGACCUUUUUUUAUGUUUUAAGAAAAAUUGUAUUUACCGGAUAGUUGUAAAUUUCAAUUUGAAUUAGGGAUUCCGUGUACAAGGUUCUUAACUGCAUAUGCAUCUGAUCAUAUAUGUAUUAUCAUUAUCAUUUUAGAUUACAAUAAAAAAAGGAAGGAGAUUUUUCAAUGCGAGAUCUAAAAACAUAUCUUUCCGUGGCACCGGUAUUAAGUACUCUAUGGUUCGGGUCUUUAGCAGGUCUAUUGAUAGAGAUUAAUCGUUUUUUCCCAGAUGCGUUGACAUUCCCCUUUUUUUGAUUCUAGUUAUUGAUACGGUACCAAAUAACGAAGAUUGGAGAUAAAAUUAAAUAUUUUUUACUAAUCCUUUGCCCCUUUUUUCUCUUUUUUCCUUAAAGGGAGGAAAGAGAAAAAGAAAGGGUGUAUUCAACAGCUUCGAGACUUGGGUUCAAGUUUGAAUUUAAUAAAUUAUUAAAUUCAAAAAUUAACUAGGGAUGGAGGUAGAAUAAACAGGGUCGGCCUAGAUCUAGGACAAGACUCUUAUACAAGGUACUUAAAUGUAAAUGAAAUACUGUGAUUUGAAAUAAAGUUUAGAAAUUUUUUUAGUAUAUUGAUUGCAGGGAAUUUUUUAUAAUUGGAUUUCAAGCUAAUAACUUCUAUUUUUACUUCCUUUCUUCUUCUUCGUUUCGGAUCGCAAAUGGAAGAGUUGAGUAAAUCAAAAAUCCAAAGGGGGUUCAUGGCCAAGGGGAAAGAUGUCCGAAUAACGGUUAUUUUGGAAUGUACCGGUUGUGUUCGAAACGGUGUUAAUAAGGUAUCAACGGGUAUUUCCAGAUAUAUUACUGAAAAGAAUCGUCACAACACGCCUAAUCGAUUGGAAUUAAGAAAAUUCUGUCCAUUUUGUUACAAACAUACGAUGCAUGGGGAGAUAAAGAAAUAGAUCGAAUCGAGCACAUGUAUGUAACCCUUCCAAGGAAGGGUAAAAAUAACAUUCUAUAUAUAACAUAAUUAAAUAUAAACAAACCAAAUCCUAUUUAUUCUAAUUCAUUUUAGAUCCGACCGAAAUAGGAUUUUCGGGAUAAGGAAUAAACUAAACAAACCAUGGAUAAAUCCAAGCGACCUUUUCUUAAAUCCAAGCGAUCUUUUCGUAGGCGUUUGCCCCCGAUUCAAUCGGGGGAUCGAAUUGAUUAUAGAAACAUGAGUUUAAUUAGUCGAUUUAUUAGCGAACAAGGAAAAAUAUUAUCUAGACGGGUGAAUAGAUUGACCUUGAAACAACAACGAUUAAUUACUAUUGCUAUAAAGCAGGCUCGUAUUUUAUCUUUGUUACCUUUUCUUAAUAAUGAGAAACAAUUUGAAAGAACCGAGUCGACCACCAGAACUGCGGGUCUUCGAGCCAGAAAUAAAUAGGCUUACUCUUUCGUAACUUGAAUAAAAAGUAAAAUCAUAACUAAAACGUAGAUUGAUGUUUUGUUAUAAAAAUAUGAAAAAUACAUAUUGAAUUCUCAUGUUGUAAGAAAAAAAAGAAUCGGGUAAGACUAAAGAUUCUUGUUGGGUGUGUUCAUUCAUUUUGACUUUACCCUCCCGGAGUUCAUUCUCCGGGGAACUCCGUUUAAAUUAUUCCGGUGGAUUCUUUCCAAUCGACUUCUUUUAUGAUUUCAUUGGAAAUCAUAUAAAGACAAUUUUUAUUUGAUAUAGCUAUUUGUGCAAGUAUUUUACGAUUAAGAAGCACCUGUUUCUUAUAUAGGGCAUGUAUUAAUCUACUAUAACUAUAGGAUACCCCUAUUUCACGAAUUACUGCGUUUAUUCGAGUGAUCCACAAACGGCGAAAAUUUCGCUUUUGCUUAUCCCUAUCCCGAUGAGACGAAACCAGAGCUCUUAUUUUCUGUUGAGUAAUUGUUCGAGUAAGUCUUGAAUGAGCCCCUCGAAAGCUUGAUGCAAAUAAACGAAUUUUUGUUCUACGUCUCCGAGCUAUAUUUCCCCGCCUAAUUCUGGUCAUUGAAUAAAUGAAACUUUGACGAAUAACUAAUAGAUUUCCUUUCUUUCAGUUAUUCUUUUUCCCUUUCCUAGUCUAUUAAUAACAAAGCUUUUUUCCAAUGUAUAAACUAACAAUUCCAAUGACUUUGGCUACUAUAACCUUCCCGACCACUAUUUUUAUUUUUUCGAGACAUUUCACUUCGAAAUAAUAAAUUCUAUUUUACUAGGUAUCAAAAUCAAAAUAUAUAUAAUAAAUAAAAAAUCUAAAUGGAUAAAGAAAUAGUGGCUUCCUUCGUUUAUAUGGUUACUUCUUAAACGGUGAGGUUUUCUCUAUACACCGGAGCCUUUACUUCAUUUAAUCAAUGUUAUUGGUAACUUGUAUAGUUCACAUUCUUUGGCUCUACCCAUGAAUUAUCCAGUAAUAGGUCUUUCACGAUUAGAUCUACUUAGACAGUAACGGUAUUUAAUUAUGAAAGUUGGCUGGGUAGCUAACCCUGUUAGUCCGUUCUUGCAAAAGGGGCCUAAGUUUUCUGUUUUUAUUUUUAAGUAGGAUUUUCUCCGCUUAAUGGAUAACCAUUUUUUACCAAUGGAGAAUUUAUUCUCAUCUUAAAUUGAGGUGAUUGGAUUUGCACCAACGGAAACCAUAAAUUUCAUACACAAUAGAAUAGAUAUAGUUUUUUUAUACUGAAUUGAACGGACUUCUUUUUCUAUUUUAUCCUAUUCCCCGGUACUGAUCAUUGAUACUAGAAAAGGUUUUAUUUCUUUUACCUUUAUCCCAGCUCAUGAUCUGAACGAGUCGCACAUACACCCUAGUACAUGUUCCUCGACGCUGAGGGCAUCCCCGAAGUGCGGGGGAUUUUGUGACAUUUCUGAUUGGCUGUCUUGUAUUUCUAAUAAGUUGUUUAAUAGUUGGCAUGUUGAAUCAUAUCAUAUAAAUAAUGGGCUGGUUUAGAUCGAUCCUAACCUGAUGAUACUUCUAUUUAAUAUUUCAUUUUCCUGAUGAAACUGUAUAUUUUAAUUUGUAGUAAAUUCAGCAAAAAUCUAAAAUAGGAAAUCGAUAAUUUUCGCGAAAAAAAAUCCGGGCUUUUUCACUCAACCACCGCUACAAGAUCAACAAUUCCAUAAGCUUGGGCUUCUGUUGCUGACAUAAAAACAUCUCUUUCCAUGUCUUCCGAGACAACCCAUAAGGGUUUGUCCGUUCUUUGUACAUAAACCCUUGUUAGGGUUUCACGCAGUUUUAGCAGCUCUUCCGCUUCCAGGAUAAAUUCUCCCGUUUGUGCCUCAUAAAAAGAACUAGCAGGUUGAUGAAUCAUUACCCUGAUGGUAUAACAAAAGUGGGGUUCCUCUAUUUUGCAUAAUGAAUAGAAAAGAAAGAUAAAGAAUAAAAAGAAAAAAAUAAAGAUAGAAUUGAACAACCACAACCGUACGGGCAUCUUUUAUCCAUUUUGCAUACGGCUCUAUAAUAAAAUUGACCUUUACCUUCAAAAGAAUAGGAUCUAUCAGACCCAGAUCGGUAAAUGAUCAAAUUACCACCCUUCCUUUCGUAGGCGUUCAAAAAUACUAUGAUGGUUCCGUUGCUUUAUAUAUAUAUUUAAUAUUAUUUGGUUUGUCUGUGUUUCAGCAAUCCCAAAGUAGCUUUUUGUAAAAUCAAGGAAAAAAUAAUAUUGUUUUUUAUUUUCGAACUCUUUCAGAACACAACUAAGCCCCCGGUGUGAAAAUAAAAAGUUUGUGACGCUGAACUGGAAUCUCCAAUAUAAAAAAAUAGGAAAUCCCUUUUAUCUCAUACUACUCUCUCGAUACAUAAUCAAAUGUUUUGAAAAAACAAUAAAAAUUGUUUUAUUUUGAUAUCGAAUUCAAAGUGCCAUGCUAUUAUUACUUAAUAUUAAAUUAAUAUGGCGAAGGCAUAGUCUUAUUUUUUUCUCUCAAAUAAAAACCUCAUUGGCGCCAAGCGUGAGGGAAUGCUAGACGUUUGGUAAUUUCUCCUCCGGCUAAGAUAAAAGAUCCCAUUGAAGCGGCUAAUCCCAUGCAUAUUGUCUGUACAUCUGGUCGCACAAAUUGCAUUGUAUCAUAAAUAGCCACUCCAGGGAUAACCCAUCCGCCGGGAGAGUUUAUAAACAAAUAGAGAUCUUUGGUAUCAUUCUCGAUACUGAGAUAUACCAUAAGACCAAUAAGUUGGUUCGAGAUCUCGCUAUCAACC